AUGUCCUUCGGCGACCUGAGCAAGACCCAACGCGAUGAAUUGGCGGCCUCGCUGGCCGUACUAGCGCUCCACGACGCCGGUGUCGAGAUCACGGCCGACGCGCUGUCCAAGACGUUCGAAGCGUCGGGCAACGACGUGGCUGCGUACGUUGCGCCGCUGUUUGCGGACCUUUUGGGCCGCGGUCUGGACGUGGAGAAGUUCUUGGCGGGUCCUUCAGCAGGUGCUGCUCCUGCUGCUGGCGGUGCCCCUGCUGCUGGAGCCGGUGCUGCAAAGGUAGAGGAGAAGGUCGUGGAGGAGGAAGAGGAAGUCGACAUGGGCGGCGGCAUGGACAUGUUUGGCGCGGAAGAAGACUAUUAG